AUGUCCCCUCCCCAGGCCUGGCACUGUGCCCUGAACAGUCCUAUUAAACGUUGCUCUGUCUUGGUGCCCUCGGUGUCGCCUGUCUGCCUCCCCGCCCCCGGGGUGGGGGGGGCCUCCCAGCCUUAUCUUCCCUGCAACCAGGCUUGCGUGCCACGUGGCGGCAGCUGCUUGGCCCCCCACCCCCUUAUCUGCCCCUGCCCCGUGGGCCCCGGCACUGCCAUGGACGGCCAGCUCCUGCCAGUGCUGCUGCUGCUGCUUGGGGCCUCAGGCCUGUGGGCACAGGGGCCAGGGCCCGAGGGUCCCUUGGAGGAGCCCCCAGAGGAGGAGCCCCCAGAGGAGGAGCCCCCGGAGGAGGAUGGGAUCUUGGUGCUGAGCCGGCAGACCCUUGGCCUGGCCUUGCGGGAGCACCCUGCCCUGCUGGUGGAGUUCUACGCCCCGUGGUGUGGGCACUGCAAGGCACUGGCCCCUGAGUACAGCAAGGCGGCUGCCCUGCUGGCAGCAGAGUCGGCCAAAGUCAGGCUGGCCAAGGUGGACGGGCCCGCGGAGCCAGAGUUGGCCGAGGAGUUUGCGGUGACAAAGUACCCCACGCUCAAGUUCUUCCUUGACGGGAACCACACGCACCCGGAGGAGUACACUGGCCCCUGGGAGGCCGAGGGCAUCGCUGAGUGGCUGAGGCGGCGGGUGGGGCCCAGUGCCACGAGGCUGGAGGAUGAGGAGGGCGCUCAAGCGCUGAUAGAUGCCCGGGAUGUGGUGGUCAUUGGCUUCUUCCAGGACCUGCAGGACAAGGAUGUGGCUACCUUCCUGGCCCUGGCCCAGGAUGCCCUGGACAUGAGCUUUGGCCUCACCAACCAGCCUCAGCUCUUUCAGAAGUUCGGCCUCACCAAGGACACUGUGGUCCUCUUCAAAAAGCAUGCACCUGGUCACGGAGUUCAACAGCCAGGUGAGUGGGGCUGGAGGGCAGAUGCGGGUGGGAGCGGAGGAUGGGAGGCGAGCGCGGGAGCAGCCCAUGAGCGCCACUUGCCCCCGCAGACGUCCCGUAAGAUCUUUGCAGCUGGGAUCCUUAACCACUUGCUGCUGUUCGUCAACCAGACGCUGGCCCCCCACCGGGAGCUGCUGGCGGGCUUCCGGGAGGCAGCUCCCAGCUUCCGCGGGCAGGUGCUGUUUGUGGUGGUGGAUGUGGGUGCCAGCAACGACCAUGUGCUCCAGUACUUCGGCCUCAAGGCCGAGGAGGCCCCCACCCUACGCUUCAUCAACAUUGAGACCACCAAGAAGUACAUGCCUGCGGACAGGGGGCCAGUCACCGCCACCUCGGUUGCAGCCUUCUGCCACGCAGUCCUGGGUGGGGAGGUCAAGGUCUGCUGCUGGACUGCCCAGUUGGGGGGUGGGAGUGGGAGCAGCGGCUCUUGGGAGAGACCCCCCAAUAAAGCACCUGGCCGGUUCUCCCAGCCUUAUCGCUUGAGCCAGGAGGUCCCCCCCGACUGGGACCAGCGGCCAGUCAAGACCCUCGUGGGCAAGAAUUUCGAGCAGGUGGCUUUUGAUGAAACGAAGAACGUGUUUAUCAAGUUCUAUGCCCCAUGGUGCACCCACUGCAAAGAGAUGGCCCCGGCCUGGGAGGCACUGGCUGAGAAGUACAGGGACCACGAGGACAUCGUCAUCGCCGAGCUGGAUGCCACGGCCAAUGAGCUGGAGGCCCUCCCUGUGCACAGCUUCCCCACCCUCAAGUACUUCCCGGCGGGGCCCGGUCGGAAGGUGAUUGAAUACAAAGGCACCAGGGACCUGGAGACCUUCUCCAAGUUUCUGGACAGCGGGGGUGAGCUGCCUGCAGAGGAGCCCACGGAGGUGCCCGGAGCCCCCUUCCCGGAGAUGCCAGAAAACACCACGGAGCCCAAAGACGAGCUGUAGUUGCACCGCUGUCAGCGCCCACCUGGGGAGCCGUGUCCCUUGGUGCCCAUGGAAGCUGUGGGCUGUGAAUAAAGAGCUCUGGUCCUGGAC